ACAGGCUUGAGGAAGCCUAUGAAAUGGGUCAACCUGAAGUCUUCCCAGGUGUCAUGAUCAGGGUUCAGGCUCGAAGACCAGUUGCUAUAGCAGUGGAAAGGCUCAGAACCAAAACCAGCAGGAUAGCUACACAGGCAGGUCACUGUGGCGGAGGAGUGGGCUCAUCUGAGAUGUGGAGUCUAAGUACUAACCAGUGUUCACCAGAGCUCCUGCAGGUUGCGAUCCUCAGGAUCACCCCACCAGGAGGUGAGCAAGCGGAGGACCAGUAGCGUAUUAAGCAGGUAAGAAUCAAACGGAAGCAUGGUCAGUAAACAAGCCAAGGUCGGUAAUGAGCAGUUGCAGGUUGGGAUCAGGCAGAAGCAUAGUCGAGAACAAGCCAUGGGCGGUAAUGAGCAGUUGCAGGUUGGGAUUAGGCAGAAGCGCAGUCGAGAACAAGCCAAGGGUCAAUAACAAAAUAUGGAUGACAGCAGAGAAGGCAAGGAGCAAAAUACUUGCUGGAGAGCACAAUAAUCUGGCAAACAGGAAGUUCAGAGACAUGGCUUAUAUCAGGAAGUUCAUGGGAGGAGCAAGGGGUUCAAGGUUUAUGAUAAACAAGGUCAAGGCAGGAUCAUCCAAAUGAUUGUCAAGGGAGCUGUCCGGCAUUCCAGGUGGCUCAGCACGAAGAAACAUUGCCACUCUCCGCAGACGGCCCAGAAUCGGGCCCAGGCUCUGA